GUAGAACCCCCAAGGAGAGCUCGCGGAGGACGAGGUUCUGCGGAGUGGCUCAGAGCAGUCUGGGAAGUGUAGUCCAAUUGUCUUGGUCAAAGAGUCGUAGUGGGAGCCGAGGUUCCGGGAAGGGGCUGAGCAGGCUUCAAAAGAGAUUGUAACUGAAUCUUCUAACCCUGGAGCAUAAGAAGAGUUUGUUUAAUGAAUCACUUACCCAUUUAGGACCUAUUUCGACCUUCAGGAUAAUCCUGUGAAUUGUGAAUAGUUCACUGGGUGUGGCCCUCAGCCCUGAUUUCAGUAUGCUGCGAAGAAAACCAACUCGCCUGGAGUUAAAGCUUGAUGACAUUGAAGAGUUUGAGAGUAUUCGAAAGGACCUGGAGACCCGAAAGAAACAGAAGGAAGAUGUGGAAGUUGUAGGAGGCAAUGAUGGAGAAGGAGCCAUUGGGCUCAGCAGUGACCCCAAGAACCGGGAACAAAUGAUUAAUGAUCGAAUUGGUUAUAAACCCCAACCCAAGCCCAAUAAUCGCUCAUCUCAAUUUGGAAAUUUUGAAUUUUAGAGAUGGAUUAUCUUGCAUGCCAGAGCCCUAUACCAGAAUAAAUGAUGGCAGAAGUACAAACCGGAUUUAGAGAAUUGAGUAUCGCAGUCAAGCAGAAUAUUUUACCUCCUGCAGAGAGAAAUACUUCUGUAUGAGAUUACUGCUGCUUAACUUUCACUCGAAGCUGGAAUCCAAACUCUGAUUCGUCUCUGGAAAAUUUGACUCUAUAAAACAUAUCUGAUAUUUGUUUUUAAAAAUAAAUAUAUUUUU